AUGUCUCAAUCCAUCCCACAACAAGUACUACUGCAAGAACCUCCAACAAAUCCCAAUGUUGAAGAAUUUGGCAUUGUUUGCUACAUUCUUAAGAAUAUUAGCAACAACAACACAUCAUCCACCACAACAACAACAACCACUUUGGAUCAUCAUGAUUCAGUCUUCUCUUCUUCUUCCGCUCUUGUAAGAACACCCAUAUUCAUUCCGUGCCAUCUUUGGCUCCAUCGUAUCGGACCUUAUCUAGAUCCCUAUGAUUUUCUGUUUGGAUUAUUUACAGUCUUUGAAAGGAGUAUUUAUUCAAAAACUGAUUUUGAACAUCAAGGGAUGAACGAUGAACGAACAUACACAAAUUCUCUUUCGUCCUUAUUGUUGCCGAUCGGAAAGAAACGAGGAAUGGUUGAAAUUGAACAACAAUAUUCUCUCUUCUUUAGUCAUAUUGCUCUCACUGUUUUGAAACGUAUCAUGCUCGGAAAAGACAAUAAUAUCAUGAAUAAUAAUAAUAAUAAUAACGCAAUAGUGAUGAAUGGUAUUCCCAGAUCAUUUGUACGUGCACAAGCCACACGAUGGAAAGUACCUUCAUUGAACGAAUUUAUACAAAUCAUUUAUGAACCACCUUCCUCAGGUCACGAGUUGAAUUUCUCUUCUCAUACUUAUCGAUCAUGGGUCAAGUAUGCAAAAAAGAUCAUCUUUCAUUGGAGGAGCAUGACUUUUUCGAUUGAUCAUUUGAACCAACACAUGAGCAUUCCAUUGGAACAACAAGCAUCAGAGUUAACAAUUCAUGACAUUAGAUGGAAUGUUUGUCUUUCACUUCACGAAAAUAUUAAUUGGUCGUCUUCUUCCACACGAAAUAGUCAAGAUUUGAAAGACACUCUUGAUAUGGUCAUGCUUCCUGCAAGAUUAUGUGAUGCAGCUACCAUGAGACGAAGCAAUGCAGGAUUUUCCCUUAUUCAAUUGAGAUUUUCAAAGAAAUUCCUUGCAUACAAGUUAGAAUCUCUCAUCAAUUAUGGAGUUUCGAAUACAAGCGAUUCCAAGUACCUCCGUGUGACACCAGAAAAUGUCACUUCCAUUGCAAAAUCCUUCUUCAAGAACAAGAUUGAAAAAUUGAAGGAAAUUUGUAGUGGAAGUAUGAAGAGAUCCACUACUAACGAAGUUGCCUUUGACAAUCCGUUCAUCAUGCCAGAGUGGAUUCAAGUCACCGGUUCGUUAUCCAUUCCAACACAAACACAAUCACUUUUCAAGCUCUAUGUCAUUGAAGUUCAUGAUUUUGAAUUGUUGGAGACCACUCGAGAAAAACAACACUCCUACAAUGCAGAUCAAACAGAUACCAUCCUCACCAAUAUACUCUAUCAUCAACACGAAUUACUGAAACAGAGUCAUUUUGAUAUUGAAAAUGCCAAUUCCAAGUUUAUGACUGGACUCAUUAAUUGCAAAUCUGCCACUCUUCUUCAUAUGGAUGUUCGUGACAAUAAGAGACUUGCGUUUAAAGUGGAGCCACAUGUGAAAUUGGAACAACAGGUGAAAACAACACUCAUGGAACGAGUUAAAAAGUUUUUUGAAGAGUUUGAUUCUUCGUAUGUGCUAGAGCACGAACAUGAACGAACCAAUAUCAUGACUCUGUACCACAUUCAUCCAAAAUUGUAUCCAAUGUAUGGAUUGAAAUGGCCAUCAAGCAUUGGAACAAUUCGACCUCUCAAAUACUUACUCAAACCAGGAGAUUCUAUUCGAUUCAAAGGACGAUUAUUGGACUCGAAAACCGUAUUGGCCUAUGAAGUGAGAUUGAACAAACCUUCUCUCUACAUUUGUACGCCCUACGAGCUGUUGAAUGAUUUCUUAUUUAAGGGAUCAUUUUUGGGACUGUCUUUUUAUUUGACCUACAAGAAACUGUAUUUGGAUUAUUUGGAAGCGUUGAAAGAAGCAGGAUCUGACAGUCGUGACAUGUCACUUUCUCAAUAUUUAAUGUACUCCAUGGCAAAGGAAACUCUCAAAUUGAAUAUUGGGUUGUUGAUUUAUUACAUCAUGGUGAGCUGGCCAUCCAAGUUUAUUCAAAUGUUUGCCUCUCUUUUUGGAUUCAAAAAAUUGCCUGUUGGUAAUGAUUUUGUGAAUCGUGUUUUGGAGAAUAUUAAUGCAGUGAUCUUAUUUGCUUUUCUGGUCGAGUCCAGAAGAACCGAUUCACAAUUCCACAAAUUAUCUGCAUCGUUCAUUACAGACUAUAUGAUAUGGAUUGCCAAGUGGUACUUGCUCUUCUUUGGUUACAAGAUGGGUUACUCUGCAAUGCCAACUUUUAUUAAGGCCGGUUCACGUGUGUUUGGAUAUUUACGACAAAAGUUUUACCAAGUGCGGUGGUUCUUUUUUGAUAAGUUUUUCAACAAGUAA